AUGAAAGUCAAGCUGGCUGUCACCGAUGUCUGUGUGCCGAUAUCCGAGUAUGCACACGUGAUUGCCGACACAGAAAGAAGCUUCGCUGCCUCUAAAACGGGGUUGGUGUGCAACAUAGUGGGUCAUGCUGAAGACGGCAAUUUCCAUGGCAUGAUACCAUUCGACAUAAACAACAAAGAGAUGGUGGACGAGCUACGAACCUUGACCGAGCAGAUGGUAAAACUAGCGAUAAGUGUCGGCGGCACGGCCACUGGCGAACAUGGAGUUGGCUUAGGGAAAGCAGAGUUCCUCCAAGAAGAGCACGGGGAAGUGUUCCUGGAUGUGAUGAAGAGUAUCAAGGCUGCCAUAGAUCCCAAGGGUAUAAUGAAUCCUGGCAAAAUAUUCCCGCAGUUAAAGGUUGACUCCAUAACAGAGGCUACGAAUUCCUUUGCGAUAUUAAGGGAGGGUCAGAAUGGGUGUUGCUGA